UUGAACUACCCAGAAAUUUAUUUAAAAGCUUGCCAAAUCCUGAAGUUAUAUCUGAAAUCAUGAAAAAGAAUCAUAUCCCCAACGAAUUUCUUAAAAUAUUAGAGAUGAAACUUGAAUCCACCAAUAGUAAAAGUAGUAAAAGUAGUAAAAGUGACAAGGUUUAUAUCCCUUCGGGUCAAGCUUCUAAUAAGAAACGUAAAGCUGAUGAUUAUCAUGGAAUUCCAUCUACUUCAACACGAAAGACCGUACCAAGAGCUGCUAAAUCUAAUAUAAAAUCAAUGGCGAUUAUAUCAACUAGUAGUGAAGAAGAAUUAGAUUCUAAUAAUGCUUCUGAAGCAGAUAGUGAUGUAGAAUUGAAUGACGAUGGAGAAUAA